AUGAAGGCGGCUAAAGCGCUGGAAGAGAAGGCGCGAGAGAGUUUACCAGCGAGCUCAUACACUACUAACCCCAUGCCACAGAAGUUGCAGACGUUGCAGACAUCUCCUGAGCGCUCUCUGAUCAAAGGCACACAGCACAAGCGCAUGCAGUCAUUACAGCCAGGCAGUGUUCGAGAUCUACGCAGCUACCUUGACAACCGCUCACCUGAGCGCGCCUAUCUCGACACUCGGUCGCCGGAGCGGUCACCCGAGCGCGAGCGACCAUCGAGUAGGGGAGGACGGCCCAUCUCAAGGGACUACGAUAGGGACUACUUUGGAAAGGAUGCCGAUGUGAGCCCUAUCCGACAACUUACUCCUACGCCAGCAUCACGAUUCGAGAUCAGAGACACACCCGCCCUACGGCCUAGUCAGAGGGCCAUCCUGGGAGAGAACACACCGCCUUCGGCCACGAUGCAGGCAUUGCAGAGUAUGACCAUUCCUCAACACAUGCUUGACCCGCCAUUGUCGAACAUCACCAACCGCUCGGCGCACUCUUCACCAGCGGCUACACCGGCGUCGGCUCCAGCAUCUGCACCAGUACAUGGGCCACCGCCGCCGCAGAAUUUCGAUAACAUCUCUAGCCAGCUCAUGAGCAUCAACAACAUCGUCUCCAGCUUGCAGAAGGACAUGUCGCAGCUCAGCCGGCGGAGCAAGGACAAUGCAACUGAUCUCAUCAGCCUGAAGGAAGCCACCAAUACCCGCGACGAGGACAUCCGCAAGUCGCUGAAAGAUCUGCUUUCCACCAUGUCGCAGAAGCAGCAAGCUCAAGCUGCGGCAGCCGUGAAUGGCGAUACCUCUCGCUCUAGCAGCCUCAACCUCCAAGAUCCUCACAUGACCCCAACGAAGCAAUUCACUUUCCCUCGUAUGGCGUCGACUAGCCCCUGGACCGACGAGCGUAUUGGUAGCCCUAAUCCAUACUCUGUCGAGGGAGCCGCUAGUGUCGCAAUGCUGGAGAAGAUCAUACGCGAGAUGGUAACUAAAGACGGUCAAGAGCGUCUUGUAGCCAGUCUGCAGAAGCUGGUCGACAAGGCCACAGGAGAGACCGCCAAGAAGGUCACUGAGCUGGCUGAGUUCGUCAAGCAAGGCUCAGCCGGUGGCUUUAUGAAUUCAGCAGCUCCCGGAUCCGCAUCGUUCCAGCCUUCCCCAGGAUCUGGCGCCUUGACACGAACAAUAUCGGCUGACAGUAAAGCCUAUUCCAGUCCAAAGGCUGCCGAUUUUGUGAGCGAAGAGAUGCUGAAGUUCCUCCGUAAGAUCAAGGAUAGCGUCGCUGAGUCUGGGUGUGUCACAAUGGCCACCAAGUCACUCAUUCAAGAUCUUCGCGGUGAGGUUCUCGGUAUGGGACGGGAACUUGCUCGCAAGGUUGAGGAGGCAGAACAAGCCAGGGCACUCGAAGCCGGUUCCGGCUCCAGCCCGUCCAACGAAGACAUCAACGCCAUCGUCCAGGAGGGCCUUACCAACCUCAAGGAGCAUAUGGACAAGGUCAUGCGUGAGCGAAGACGGCAAUCCAUGUCCUCUGUCGUGACGCGCACCACUGUGGACAACAACGAGGUAUAUGACGUCGUCAAGCAAGCGCUGGCAGAGCGCGGCUUGGAUCAACCAACACCUCAAGCUGCUGCAGUCGACAAGGAGUCUAUCAUCAGUGCUGUUCGGGAGGCCUUCGACGGUGUCGAAAUGAACCCGAACGUCGAAGUGCAACAAGUCGGCUUAGGCAAUGACGAGAUCCUGCAGUGUUUGCGCGAGGGUCUACAAGACUUCAACGGCUCCGGUGCUGUCACCAAGGAGGAGAUUGAGACAAUGCUGCAGGACUCCCUGCAGAAGAUUCAGCUCCCUCCUCCUAUCAACGAAGUCCACGAGAUCCGUGAGGAGGUCCUGAUGGCCGUGCGUGAGUCUUUGGAGGAACUGAAGCCUGCUCUCGCAGCCCAGAAUCCGCCGUCAGAUGCUUUGUCAAGGGAGAUGCUCGAGGAGGUGAUUCGUCAUGCACUUUCGGAGCAACAACCUGCACCAAUGGAAAUUGAAAUUCCUCAAGAAAGCAUUACAGAGGCCGUACAAAGCGCUUCACAAGCUCACAAUGAUGCUGUCAUGGAACGACUACAGUCCAUGCUAGACGAGGUACACACCGAAUUCCAAGGUUUCUCUUCAGCCAACGGGCGUGACACCGAGCAAGUCCUCCAGGCCCUUCGCGAAGGUCUGGAGAGUCUUCGUACCGACCUUCAAGGCUCUGUUAACCGGCCCCGAGAGAUCACCCAGGAUGGUGAGAUGGUCGACCACAUCAAGGCUGAACUCGACAAACUACGCGAAGAUGUUCAAGGCUAUGUUGCUGAGGGUCCUCGUGGAGAUCAAGCCUGGAGCCGUGGCGACAUGGUAGAAUACAUCAAGUCUGAGUUCGAGAAUCUGCAUGAGAAGCUUAGCUCUCAGUUCCUUCCUUCUUCCAAGACCAACGAAGAGCUGCUCGCUGCUAUCAACGCCGGUUUUGACGAGAUGAAGUCACAGGUUGCCCUUCGAUCAGAAGAUGAUGACUCUAACGAUGACAUCAGCGAAGCCAUCAAGCAUGAGUUUGAUCAACUGAAGGAAGUUGUUCUUGGCGAUACCUCCAGCAACAAGAAUGAUAUCCUUGAAAAGCUUCAGGCAGGCUUUGACGGACUCCACGUUCUGAUGGGCGAGAAGCAGACUGCAACUACAUCCAACGACGACAUGCUGGCUUCGCUGAAGGAAGAGUUCGAGCAUCUCCGCGAGACUCUAAGUGGGUCACUGAUGAAGUCUGGCGGUGCAGCCGAGAAGGACGAUAUUGUUGACGCUGUUCGGGAGAUCAUUGAUGGCUUGCACACAUCCCAGGAGACUACGUCAAAGGACAACAUUGCGCUCAUUCGUGGCGAACUGGAGGCCUUGAAGGAAUCACUUGGCAACGCUCUUGUACCAUCCGGUGACAACGAUAAAGCCGAGAUGAUCAUGGUCGUCAAGGCUGCGCUGGAUGACAUCAAGAACAACCUCAAAUCCGCUGGUGUCAACGAAGAACUUCUGGAGGCCUUUCGUGGAGAGCUGGACCUUCUUCGUCAGUCCGACAAUGUCACCCGACAACACAACAGGGCAGAUACCGAGGAAGUUCUGGAAGCUCUCAAGCUGGGUCUCGACGACCUUCAAUCGCAUCUGGACAAGAAGCUCGACACUCCUGAUCGCAACGUAUCUGGCACUAGCGAGAUCAUGGAUGCGAUGAACGAGGGUCUUGAAGGUCUGAGGGCCGACGUUUCCAAGAUCGCAGAAAAGCCGGUCGACAUGAGCAUAUCUUACGAGAUUUUGGAUACGCUCAAGGACGGGCUGAACGCAUUGCGUGAUGACAUCGACAUGCUCAAGGGCGUGAGGCAGGAAAAUUAUGUCGAAGAAUAUGUUCCUCUUCCCCCGGCUGGAAACGAGAUUGCUCUCGCGAACGGCGCAGCAGGCGAUGAAUCAAUGUCACGUGAAAUCGUUGAGGAAGCGACGCAAGCAGAGCUACCACCAUCACCAUCACUGCCCCCGCAAUCGGCCGACUUGUCUAGGAUGGAGCUCAUGCUGGAGCAGAUCCAGGAUAAGGUUGAGGCCAUGGACGCCGCCAGGGCAGACCCAGUGCCAUCAUCCGAACCUGCUGCCGUGGCAGCUGGAUCUGCUAUGAAGGAAGAUCUGAUUGCGAUUGAAGAACUCUUGAAAGAUGUGCAAGCUGCCGUCCUUGUCAUGCAGGAUCGCGAAAUGGCACCACCUACCUUCGAAGGCAUUGCCAGGAAAGAAGACACCGACGCCAUCGAGACUCUUCUCGCGAACACCAAAGCCAAGAUCGAAGAGCUCGUUCUGCCCGACCCAGCGACUGCUAUCACCAAGGAGAACUUGGAGGACGUCGAGCUUGUCGUGCGUACCACGUCCGAGGCCUUGGAGGCGCUCGCGAAGAAGUUCGAGGACGAAGGCGCUACGAAGGCCGACGUUACAGUCAUCCAAGUCAUUGCCGAUGAUAUCAAGGUUGCUCUCGACGAGAUGAAGGCAGCCAAGGCUGACGACGAGACCAAUCCACAAGCGACCAAGGCAGAUAUCGAUGCCGUAACCCUCCUUGUGGACGACCUCAAGGUUAAGCUCGACGACAUGAAGAUACCGGAUCCAGAAGAGCUGCCAUCUAAGGCGGACUUGGAACAACUGACUGGCUUGAUUCACGACUUCCGCGACAGCCACGAUAAGAUGAAGGACACUUACGAGGAGGACAUCAUGAAGACCGCGACAAACUUCGACGAACGCCGCGCUGAAGCUGCUCAGCUUGUAGAGGACAUUACUGGCGUCAAGACCGCCCUGGACGAGAUGCGAGAGGAGAUCAAGACCAAUCUCAUCGAAGGCGGUCCCAUUGAAGGUCUCCAGGCUUCCUUCAAGACAUUAGAGGAAACCAUCGGUACCAACAACGUCACCGCCGAUGUCAAGGAACUCAUGGAGAUCCUUACCAGGGAGUUCGAGCGCGCCCAUGGAUCCAUCGAGGGCCUCCAGAAUGACCAAGCGGAGAAGUCGGCACUUCAUCUUGAGAAGCACGAUGAAGUCAAGGACGCGAUUGUCGCAGGUUUCACGGAAAGCCUAGAGGACAAGUUCAACACCCUCAUGGCAAAGUACGAUGAUGCUCAACUUCUGGCCGACGAACUUGCGAAGGUCAUGAAGGAGAAGUCAGAAGAACAGGAAAAGAUGCUCGAGAGCACCAAGGCAACGGCUGAUGAGCUUCGUCUGACCAUCGAUACUCUUGGCGCUACCAUUGCUGGAAUGAAUGAUCGAUUUGAAGGCGCCACCACCCAAUUCGAAGGUGCCUCCACCCAGUGGACAACCGACUCUUCCGCUGUCAUCAGUAAGGUGGACGAAACUCUUGCCAAGUACGAAGAGCAGAAGCUUGCGUUAAUGGAAAAGCUCGACGAACAAAAGUUAGAGACCAUCGCAAAGCUUGAGGAGCAGAAGAACGAGACCAUCGCCAAAUACGAAGAACAGAAGCUUGACGACAAGACUGAGCACUCCCACACUCGCGACGAGAUCAAGAACGUCGAAAAUAUCUUCAACAACCUCCAGGACAACAUUACUGAGUAUCAUCCUAAGUUCAUGGUCGCGUUGCACGAGAUCGAAGCAUUGGUCAAGGCGCACUAUGAGCACGCACAGAAGACCAAGGAGGAGGCGGAUGAGAACGCUCGUGCUUGGAACGAAGAAGCCAGGGCCCGUUCUGAAGAACUGCAAACGCACUUUGCCAAUCUGCCUAAGCUCCUUCCAGCGCCCGCACCUGCUAUCGAGCUUCCAGAGAAGUAUGACGAUGCACCUGUGCAGGAGAAGCUCGACAAGCUGCUCGCGAUUGAGCCAUCGCCCUCUUACGACGAUGUCGCGGUACACGAAAAACUUGACAAGCUCCUUGGUCACGCUGAUGAAGCAGGCAAGGCUGCGGGCAACCUUGAGAAGCUGGAUGAGAUCCACGCCCAAGUCAAGGUGACCGCUGCGGAGUUGAGCGAGUUCGUCGCCAAGCAGACACAGUUCAUCACCGAUGGGAACGAGUCCAAGGAACGUGAAGCUGAGGAGCUUGGUCUGCUGAUUGAGCGCCGGACGACCCAGAAGGAGCAGCUGGAAAUCGACCUGGAAAGCUUGCGAGCCGAAAAGGCGACACAGAAGGAGCAGCUCUUUGCAGACAUCCAAGAGAUGAAAGCCGAGAAGGAGCGCGUUGUGCAAGAACUGAAAGAAGAGAAGGAGCGCGUCAUGGCCGAGUUGCAGGAAGAGAAAGACCGCACUAUGGCCGAGCUCAAGGAAGAGAAGGAUUCGCUCCUUGCUGCUGUCGCCAGUCUGCAAGCGGAGCGCGAGAACCUUGCCAACCAGAAGGUUCGCCUCACUGGGGAGGUCUCGUCUCUCCAUACUGCGCUUGACAUUCGUCGGGAAGAGCUGCACUUCAUGGACACCAAGGCUGAUGCACUAGAGCGUCGCAUCUUGAACGGUAUCAUGGACCACUCCCGUGCUCUAAUGAUGACCAAGGGCGGGUCGAAGAAUGCUGCCAAACUCAAGAAGCGCAUGAAUGCAGACGCUGGCAACGAAGACACAAGGGCCAUGCCACCUCCAAGCACUGCGGCCAACGGUCUUUCUCUCGCACUCAAGCCCCGCCCUGCUAUCCGUCGUGGGGGUGCACCCGCCAACCCAGCACAACGCCGCAUCCUGUCUCUCAGUCAGAUUAGUGGGAACGCACCCACUGGAGCUCAGGCUUACCCCACAACCACAACCCCGACCAGUAGCAAGACUGGACUGGGACGCAGUCACUCUGUCAAGACCAGUAACUAUUCUCGGAAGGGUUCUUGGGGCGGUCGUCCUAGCGUCGCCAUUGCCAACAAGGAAAAUGGUGUUCUACCUGAAGAAGAUGAGCACGAGACGGCGCCGAUUGCUCACUCCAUCAUCGAGGAGGAUGCACAGAGCGAGACAGGUACUGAGCGUCGCUACAGCCUCGACAGCCGCGACUACGCUGAAGGUGAAACACCAGGGUAUGAUGGACGCUCUAGCUUUGGCGGCACAGGCAGCGAGUACACGUACGCUUCUGGUUCAUCGUACAUGACCGGUAGCGACAUUGAUCACGACCGCCGCACCUCGUACGGUGCCCAAUCGACUCGCUCCGCUGCUCGUGGCGAAGAACCCAUCGACGAGGAAGGCUCCGUGUACUCUGAUGACGAGGAGGACGAUGAGCCCACAGCUACUAUCAACCCAUCCGACAUCGCUGGCUCCGAAAUCUCGACUGCCACUACCGAACACGACGUCGAGCUGCCAACACAAUCGGAGAUUGUUCGUGCUGUUGACGCCGUCCGGGCCGAGAUGAAAGGCAACUACUCUCCACCCAGCGAUUCGGGAGUUGGCACCGAUCUGCCUACUGCCGACCUUGGCGACCAGUCUUUAGUUGACGCUGAUUACUUCCGGCGCCAGGCUGAGGAGGAGGCGAGCACUGUUGGCUAG